AUGCGCAGUCCACGAGGCCUCCUCGCCGCCUCCGGCUACCUUGCGGGCCGACACGCUCCGUCGACCUCCGUAUCCACCACUGGCCACCACUCCCUAUUCGCCCGCACCUUCCAAAUCCUAGCCCAGCCGGAGCCCGUCCGUCUCCAGAAGCUCCCGGCACCCAACUCCGGGAUCUUAGAGCUGAGGCUGGAGCGGCCGGAGGUCAAGAACGCCAUUAAUUGGGAUGUGAUGAGGAGGCUGCGGAGCGCCAUAGAGAAGAUUCAGGCCGAUACGACGGCGAAGGUCGUCCUUGUUGCGAGCUCCGUGCCGGGGGCUUUCUGUGCAGGCGCCGAUCUCAAGGAAAGGAGGCUAAUGAAAUCUUCUGACGUUGGGGAGUAUGCUAGAUCCUUGAGAUCUACAUUUUCAUCUUUUGAGGCACUCCCUAUUCCAACAAUUGCUGUCAUUGAAGGAGCUGCCCUUGGUGGUGGGCUAGAACUGGCUUUGGCAUGCGAUCUCCGUAUAUGUGGGGAAAAUGCUGAACUUGGACUGCCAGAAACAGGCCUUGCUAUUAUACCUGGAGCUGGAGGUACACAACGCCUUCCUAGGAUCGUCGGGAGGUCCAGAGCAAAGGAACUGAUAUUCACUGGCCGCAGAUGUGGUGCAGCUGAAGCUGUAACGAUGGGACUAGCAAACUAUUGUGUUCCAGCAGGGGAGGCUUACCAGAAGGCUCUUGACAUUGCCUGUGAGAUAACUCAGAAGGGUCCCUUGGGGAUAAGGAUGGCAAAGAAAGCUAUCAAUGAUGGGACAGAGGUCGCUGACAUGUCCCCGGCGCUGGCUAUCGAAGGGGAGUGCUACGAGCAGCUGCUGCACACGCAGGAUCGCCUUGAGGCCCUGGCUGCAUUUGCCGAGAAGAGGAAACCUGUGUACACAGGAAAGUAG